AUGAGCAACAUAUGCGAAGAUUCAGCGUGUCUUUGGAUGAACUAUUUGUCGGAGGCGAUCAAUAAAUGCGUGCUCAGCCUGUGCUCGUUACUGUCGACGACUUUCGGGCUAACCUUUAUUUCUAAUCACGUUGUUACCUUUGAUGACGAGAUCUCGUUGAGACUUCACGAUCUGUUCCGUGAAUUGGUAGCGUUGCUGUUGUUCGACGAUUUUCAGCUUCAACUGCUCAAGGUCUUCCUGUUGACUUUCGUCAGUAGCGUCGCGUUGAUCUUCGUUGCAUGGCACAUUUACGGCUCCAGAAUUACGGAGCAGUUUAUGAAAGCAUGUGCUUCCUCUGAAGAUUGCAAUCCCUCAACUGAGUAA